AUGGAAAGCAGAGAAAAUGUCGAAGGAUCCGUCACUGGAACAUCUUCUACAAUGCUUGCUCUCAAAGCAAUGGUGGCCGAACGACGAGCGGCCGGGGCGACACAAGAAAAGAAGCAGCCCAGGAAGAAAGAUAAUCUCUGGACACGGCCCAACAAAGGUGUCGCGGCUCGUCAGGCGAAAGACGACGCAGCGUGGGCAAAGUUGAACGCACGAACAGCAGAGUCUGUGGAGGAGAGACUCAAGAAGAAAGCAGAGAUCUACAAUAAGCUACAACGUGGAAGGACUGGCGGCAUGACGAGCGCUCAACUGGACAAUCUUUUGGUUGACUUCGAUUCUCAAAAUACUGUCGGAUAUGAAUCUGAUGAGGAGUCGACAGUGCCGUCAGAUGUGGAUGCCCAACCGUCAACAUAUGAUCCUCUGGUGGAGAUUACAGACGAGUUCGGCCGUAGCAGACAAGUACGACGAAGUGAGGUCCCGAGAGAAUAUCUGGCUCGAGCUGGCCAGGAGACUUUGCCUGGAGAUGAUGAUCCGACGGUCAUCCGUGGGCAUCACAUCUCAAAUUUUCCUGUUUAUGAACCAACAGCUGAGCGAGUCGCUAAAAUCAUGGAGGACACAGCAGAAGAUCCUCUGAAUAAACAUUACGACGCGACGAACGAGAACCGGGCAAAGGGUGCUGCCUUCUAUCAGUUCUCAGGAGAUGCGGAAACUCGUCAGAGACAGAUGGACGAACUACUUGGACGACGAGACGAGACCAUCAAAACUCGGGAGGCGAGAGGAGCCCGAGACGAGGUACAGGAGGGUUCAGAGAAUGAAAUACAGGUAGUCAGCAAAGCAAUUUCGAAGCGAAAGAGGGGGCUAGAAGAACGAAGAGCACUGCUUAAUGCAAAGAGACAGAAAAAGAGCGAGCCCGAGGUUUCGACAUCUUCAGCUAGCCCUGCACCGAAGCCAAAGGUCCAGGAAGGCUCGCUAGAUGCAAUGGACUUUCUAGCUAAAAUGUCGAGAGAGCUGGGUGGUGCUGGGUAG